AUGAUUGAUGCACCAGAUAAUUGUAUAAGUAACUGUUUUCUAUGCAAUAUUAUGGAACAAUGUUCACGUCAAUGUAUUCGUCGAACAUUUUAUGCUGUUCUGGUCGGUGUAUCGCCAAUUGUUAUUUGUUUAUUAUUUAUUGGUCUCGCUCGUUUAAUAUUAUAUCGUCUAGAAAUAGCGUAUUAUCGUCGACAAAAAAUAACGGAUCGUCGUACAUCAUUACUUUCUUAUCAAAGUGGUCGUCUUGCACUUUCUUAUACACCUGUAUCAAAUGCUGAAAUACAACGUAUUAUUCAAGGCGAAUAUCAAAAUCAACUAACAAGAGAUCCAUCAUCAUUUGUUUACAAUAGUCAUAGUAAUAUACGCAAAGCUCCAAGAUUUAUUAGAUCAUUAUUACCAAAACGCGAAUCAGCAUUACCAGCACCGAAUAUUAUUGCAAGUCUUGUUAUGCGUCGUAAUGCUUUAGAUGCAGGAUCAGUUACAGGAAUACUUGCACCGAUUGAGACACCAUUACAACCUACAUUUUCUAUAAUUAAUGAACAAGAAAAACGACGACCAAGUACUAUUACUGUAACAAACGAAUCAAUUGAAACAACAACAACAUUAGCAACAAAGAAUAAUAAUAAAUAUAAUAAUAAUAAUUAUUAUCAUGGAAGUUUUUCGACUACGCAUGAUUUAAUUGAAUCUGAACAAAUACCACAUGAUCAAUUAUUGUCUGCGACAAAAACAUUAACAACAACAGUUUUUGUUGAAGAACUACUUGAUUUUCAUUCAGUUAGUUCAAUACCAUGUGCAUUAACUUUACUUAAUCAGAAUGAAUAUUCAUAUGUUCAUAAAACUUUAUUACAACAAGAAUCAAUAGCCAUCAUUGAUCUUGAACAACUAUAUCAUUCAUUAAAAAUGAUUGAUUUAACAGGUUAUUUAACUCGAAAGCAAAUAUUUGAAUUAGAAAACUCUAAUUGA